CUUCAAGAACUGUAACAUCGAUUUUGUCUUGCAGCGACAAUCCUUAAAUCAACAAUCAUGAAGUGCAUCGCAGCUGUAGUCAUGAUGGCCGUCGUCCUCGCCGUUGCUGAAGGAUCCCUUCUCCCGCUGUCCUGGACUGCUCCUCUAGCUCUGGCCGCUCCACAAACCACCGUCAUUCAACAGAACUUGGGAGCCCCCCUGCUUCACGCCGCUCCAUUGAUCUCGGCUCCAGCUAUCAGCCACGCUGUCCAUGCUUCGAUUAUCCCAACCACGAUCGUUCAACAGCCAGCUAUUGCCGUGAUUGCCCAGAAGGAAGGACGUUAUGUGGCUGCCACUCGUGGAGCUGUCCAUGAUGCUCCUCUCCCAGGACACGCUAUUUCCCAGCAGUCUCUGAAUUUGGCCUCCGCCCCAGGAACUCUGUAAACUCUGAGCUGUGCAGAUGGUUUCUUUUUUUUUGUACAUAUGACAAGAUGAUUAAUA